CUAAGAAGGCGCCUUAACAAUUAGGGCUGCUACGAUAAGACCACUCAAAAGGAUUAGUCACGGCCUUCCAUCUACAAUCCAUAAAUUCUAUGUACCUUCGUUCUAUAUUAUAGAAAUGGUGGGAAGAGGAAGAUCUCUUAGUCAAGCAUGUGGUGGGGGAAGGGCUCCGCAUUUGAGGAGUUCGAACGACGUUCGCGUCGAGACUCUGCGGGAAUAUGAAGGGGAGCACACCCCUCAACAAGAACAACAACCUCAAGUUGUACCUCCAAACAUACAUGUACCUACACCGGAAAUGUGUGCAGCAUUCCUAGCAUGGUACCAGAAUAAACCUCAGAUUCAACCCGUAGAUAAUCCACCACUGGAACCGAUAGCCCAGCAAGUACCAGUAGCACAACAGAAACCCCUAAAUCAACCCCAUGUGAUGCCAGUGGAGCAACCGAUUCCCCAAGAACAACAACCUGGGCCGCAAAAUCCUCCCGCACAGGCUGAAGGCUCAGUCAUAGUGAAUCAACCAAAGAAAAAUGAGGUGGCACACCAUCCUCAAUUUUUCAAUAUAGCUCGAUACUUAAAGGAGGCUAGAGCACUGAGGUGUAGGACAUUUGACGGGGCUGGAGAUAUCUCAAAGGCUCGGGAUUGGAUGAAGAGAGUAAAGGAGGUAGUGAAAAGCUUACACUUGACCCCAGAAGUAAAAAGAGAAGUGGCAACUUAUCUCGCGGAAGAAUUUGCAGAGUUAUGGUGGCACGGGAUUCGAAAAGUCCAGAAAAAGCGAAAAGAGUAUAACGAUAUCAAACAAGAAAGAUUGACUGUGGCGGAAUUGGAAAGGAAAUUCAGUGAUCUUGCGACUUACCUACCUGAGUUCGACAUGAAUGAAAACCACAUGAGUUCUCAUUUCUGGCUGAGCCUUAACCUUGGGAUUCGUGAAAGAGCUAAGGCAUACACUGAAGGGAUGACUUUCAAUCAGACAAUACUAUUAGCCCAUGUAGGAGAAGUGAUAUUCCAAGAAAGGAUGCAAUGCAACGAGGAAAAUAGGAAGAGGAAGAACACAAGGUCCAGCGAUCCCCCAACAAAGAAGACUCAUCAGAACAAGGGCCCUAGGACUAGCAGUUUCAAGGCCCCGCCACCACCAACCAGAAGCGCUCCAGCCAUGAGUGGCAUAAAGCACAACGAUUAUUGCCGUAAUUGUGGGAAAAACCACUUCGGGAAAUGCACCCAACCACUACGAUGCUUUGGGUGUGGAAACACGGGACACAUGAAGGCCCAAUGCCCCCAGCAACAAAGAGGAGGAAAUACACUGGUCGGAAGUCACACCAUUGGAGGGAAUAUGAGGCUUGCAAAUACGAAUCAGAAGAUACAAAAGUUUACGACACAAACAAAGUCGGUUAACCAAAACCACACUCAAGCACGUGGGUACGCUAUGAAUCAAGCAGAAGCACAGGCCAACCCGGAGGCUAUCACGGGGGUUUCUGUUGUGCCACUGGUACUUGUUGGGCUAUCGGUUCCAGUGGUGGAUUAUCCACGGGUUGAAUCUGAGGUUGAUUCUGGUACCAUGCUAGGAAUGCUGCACACAUUUCCGGUGUAGGUACAGGCAUAAUCAAUGUUCUAGAAUUGG